AUGGCUUUGCUCUUGGUUUUUGCCGGCCAAUAUGACAUUUCUGUUUUCUCUGAUUAUCUGCCCUUGGCUUUCCCUCACUCUGCAUUUAUUUCCGAGCAAUUAGCUGCUUCCUGCGCACGCGGCGAGACCGCAGGCCCCUUUGCGUUGCCUCCAUUUCAGUUCAUGCGCUGCUCUGGCAUUGGUGCCGUCCCCAAAAAGAACGGUAACCUGCGAAUGAUCCACCAUCUGUGUAUUCUGGCAGACGCCAGUGUGAACGACAGCAUUCCCGCCGAGCCGUUCUCUCUGCACUACGUGAGCAUUGACUACGCGAUCAACAUCAUCAUGUCAUGCCCACAGCCUGUGUAUUUGUCCAAGCUUGAUGUUCGCAGUGCAUUCCGGCAACACGAGUUUGCUAUGGAUCACCUGCUUCAUUACCUCGAUGACUUUCUCAAUAUCUCCACUGGUUUGGUUGCAGCCAACCAGCAACUGGCCAUCCUCCUCCGGGCAUUCACGCAUUUCAGCAUUCCUCUGGCUCCAUCCAAGCUCGAAGGGCCAUCACCAUCAUUGACUUUCCUUGGUAUUGUGCUAGACUGCGAGCGCCGCAAAGCUCGGCUACCAGAGGACAAGCUGUCCGAGAUCCGUGCGCUACUCGUGGCUACUAUUAGCGAGCGCAGCAUCGGCCAGCGUCAGGUCGAGUCCCUUCUGGGGAAGCUCGAUUUUGCUGCCCGAGUAAUCGUUCCGGGACGCACAUUUAUGCGUCGACUAUGGUCAGUGUGUAGCCGAUACCGGGAGCCCCAUUACCGUAUCAAGCUAAGCAACGAGUGCAUCGACGCUCUGACUUGGUGGCUGCGCCUACUGCAGGACUGGAACGGGAAGUUCUUCUUCCUCCAUCCGCAGUGGACGCGCCAUCUCCUGACGUGCAGCUAUUUGCCGAUGUGA